AUGGCCAAAGUACCUGCUGCGAAACGACGGAAAUUGACGCCUCCUAUGAGUGAUGGAGAAGACUCUUCCCCUUCCACUGUUAGUGGUGCGCCGGAGAAAAAUACUUUCUUCAAGCAGGCCGCAAGUUGGAGUUUAGAGCAAGACUACGAAUCGCGACCCAGAAAGGGAAAGAAGAAGGAGAAUGAGAGCACUCGAUUACCGAUCAAGGCGUCCGAUGGGCUUGUACAAGCCGCGCCAGUCGAGGUUGCAGAUGUAGUCGAGGUGGAAGGAAGUGACCUCGAAUGGUCUGGGGUUGAGGAAUCUGAGGAGGAAGUGGUCAAGAAGCCCGCGGAACCCAAAAUACCCAUACGACAGCAGAUUUUACAAGCGAAAGAGGAAUUGGCACGGAUAGCAUUGAUGCUGAAUGAGGACCCGGAAGAGAAUGCGGGUGCUUUCAAAACUUUGCAGUCAUUCGGUCAAUCCAAAAAUACAACGAUUAAGAAACUUGCGCUUGCGACACAAUUGGCGGUAUUUAAAGAUGUCAUUCCAGGAUACAGGAUUCGACCUCUGUCAGAAGAAGAUAUGGAAACAAAAGUGUCCAAGGAAGUCCGAAAGCUUCGUGCAUAUGAGCAGGCGCUUGUUGGGAGUUACCAAGCAUAUAUCCGAGAAUUGUCUAAACUUGCUGCUUCCGGCAAGGCCAGUGCUUCAGAAGGAGGAGCGAGUCUUGCCAGUGUUGCCAUUGCUUGUGCUUGUGCAUUGUUGGUUGCAGUACCACAUUUCAACUUUCGAGGAGAACUUUUAAAGAUUUUGGUGGGGAAAAUGAGCCAGAGGAAGGUGGAUGACGAUUUCGUAAAAUGCCGGGAGACAAUCGAAACUGUUUUUCGAGAUGAUGAGGAUGGAACUCCAUCUCUAGAUGCCGUUGCUCUCAUCACGAAAAUGAUGAAAGGGAGAGGUUACAGAGUGGACGAAAGUGUCUUGAAUACCUUUUUACAUCUUCGACUGCUGUCGGAAUUUUCAUGGAAGGCCUCAACGAAUCAUGUCGACAAGCCAGGCAAGGGUGAGGAAGAAGUUCAUGGCAAGAAAUUAAAAGAGAAACGUGUUUUCCGAACGAAAAAGGAGAGGAAGAUUAUGAAGGAGCGAAAAGUAGUUGAGAAAGAGAUGGUUCAGGCCGAUGCUACCGUCAGUCAUGAGGAGAGGGAUCGUAUGCAAGCAGAAACCCUGAAGUUGGUUUUUGUUACAUACUUUAGAAUUCUCAAGACGCGAUCCGCGAAUCUUAUGGGUGCCGUGUUGGAAGGACUUGCUCGGUACGCACAUCUGAUCAAUCAAGACUUUUUCGGCGACCUUUUGGAAGCACUGAAGGACUUGAUUGGCCACGCGGAGACAGGUGAUGAUCUCGAAGAAGAAGACGAAGAAGCUGAGGAUGAAGAGACGACACGAAAUCUCACCCGAGAAGCCUUACUCUGUAUCAUCACCGCAUUCGCCCUCCUAGAAGGACAAGAUGCCGCCAAAGCUCAGGCAUCCUUAAGUCUCGACUUGAGUUUCUUCAUCACACACCUUUACCGAACACUGCACGCCCUCUCACUUAACCCAGACAUGGAGCUCAGUUCCAAGUCCCUACAUCUCCCAGACCCAAACAAUCCAUCCGCUCCACCCCCAAGCACAGCCAACAACAAAAUCAACAUCCAAACCACCACCGUUCUCCUCCUUCGCUCCCUAUCCUCAGUACUCAUCCCACAGCUCGGCGCUCGAGCCGUUCCACCAUUACGCAUCGCGGCCUUCACCAAACGACUCCUCACUUCCUCCCUCCACAUGCCUGAGAAAUCAUGUAUGGCCAUCAUGGGUUUACUAGGCAAAGUCACCAAGACGCAUGAGAAGAAAGUUGCUUCACUAUGGAAUACGGAAGAGCGGAGAGGCGAUGGGACAUUCGAUCCUCUGACCGGAGAAGUGGAGGGUAGUAAUCCGUUUACGGCUACGAUUUGGGAGGGUGAAUUACUACGGAAGCAUUUCUGUCCAGGUGUACGGGAUGGUGUCAAGAUUAUGGAGAAGAAUGUAAUCGGAUUGAGAUAG